AAUAAAGAAACAAUUUAAUAAAUAAAUGGAUAACACAAAAUCAUAUUCAAUAAAUGGUUCUCUUUUCAGAACAGGUGAAAGAUAUGAAUCAAAUAAACUCUUAGGCUGUGGUGCAUAUGGUUAAGUUGUUAUGGCAAAAGAUAAGUAAACUAAUAAGAACGUAGCUAUAAAGAAGCUCCAUAAAAUUGAAGAUAUUGUUGAUGCAAAAAGAGUAUUGAGAGAAAUUCGAAUUUUGCGUAAUUUAUUACACGAGAAUAUUCUAUAGCUUUAAAAUAUUCUCUAUGAUGAUCAUGACGAAGAAUAAGAAUUCGGAACAAUAUAUUUAGUAACAAAUUAUAUGGAAAUAGAUCUUUAUCAAGUAAUAAAAUCUAACCAACCUUUAACUGAUUAGCAUGUUCAAUAUAUAAUAUAUUAAAUUUUGAAAGGCUUAAAAUACAUUCACUCGGCAAAUAUUAUACAUAGAGACAUUAAACCUUCAAAUCUUUUAGCAACUGAAAAAUGCGAUAUUUCAAUGUGUGAUUUUGGUUUAUCAAGAAAAAUAGAAGACGAAGAAUAAGAAGAAUAAUAACUUUUAGGUUAAUUGACGGAAUAUGUAGUGACUAGAUAUUAUAGAGCUCCUGAAAUUAUGCUUAGUUCACAUCUUUAUUCAAAAGCAAUUGAUAUGUGGUCUUUAGGAUGCACUUUUGCGGAAUUAAUUACUCAUUAAAUUCUUUUUAAAGCUGAUAAUUAUAUUAAAUAAAUAAAACUUAUUUUUGAAAAACUUGGAAUGCCUUCAGAUGAGGAUUUAUCUUUUAUUGGAAAUUAGAAUGCUAAAUAAUAUGUAGAAAGCCUUUAAAAAAAUCCUAGGGUAUCCGUGAAAUCAUUUAUUAAGUAUGAGAAUCCUCUUGCACUUGACUUAUUAGAUAAAAUGCUGGAAAUUAAUCCUUCAAAAAGACUUACAGCAGAAGAAGCUUUAGCACAUCCUUAUUUAGAGUCUUUACAUGAUGAAAUAGAUGAGCCGAAGUUUGAAGGAAAUAUUAACUUUGAUUUUGAAUCCGAUUAAAGUAUUACAUCGGAAUAGUUAAGAGCUUUUAUAUUGGAAGAAGUAAAUUAUUAUAAAGCUUUGAAUAAAGAAAAUAGUAUAAAUAUUUAAGAUGCUUUAAAUUUGUGUAAGAAAAAAGAAGAAUAGAUUAAAAAAAAUUAAAAUUAAAAUAAAAAAGACUGA